AUGGCCACUGAAAGAAUCCUUAUUAACGGUGUAACACAAAUAUUAAAGAAAUUGGUGCCUGUUGUUGUCCAAGAAAUUGGUUCCGCUUGGGGCGUCAAAGAUGAGUUAGACAAGCUUCAAAGAACCUUAGAGAUGAUUCUUGUUGUGAUAGCUGAUGCUGAGAGGAAACAAGUAAGGGAUGAAGCUGUAAGACUUUGGCUUAGAAGGCUUAAGGACGUUGCUUAUGAUGCUGAUGAUGUGAUGGAUGAGUUCUCCUACCAAGCCAUGCGCCUGCUCAAAAGAGACAGUUUGAGGUACAAGGUUCAUGACUUCGUUUCCUCUUCCAACCCAUUGUCUUUUCGUUACAAGCUGGCGAGUCAAAUCAAAGGGAUUAACAGCAAAUUGAAAGAAAUUAUCAGAGAUAUGGAUAUGUUUCAGUUGAAAACUAUUCCUAGCAGUACUACUGUUGCUUGCGAGGAAAGUAGGGAGCGACAAUGCCGGCAAACCACAUCCUUUGCAAGCAUGGAACAAAUUGUAGGAAGAGAAAAUGAUAAAGAUAAACUCGUAAGAAUGUUGACAACGGUCACCGCAUCAACAUCAACAUCACCAAGCAAUCAUCUAGAAAAAGUACCUCAUGUCGCAUCUAUAGUGGGAAUGGGAGGCCUUGGAAAGACGACACUUGCUCAGCUCGUUUACAACGAUGAUUCCGUAAAAAAGCACUUCGAUCCAAAAAUUUGGGUGUGCGUUUCUGAGUAUUUUAAUGUUCAUAGGCUUUUAUCAGAUAUCAUGGAGUCCAUAACACUAGAAAAAUUCAGUGGUUUCUCAAAUUUUGAUGUACUGGUGUUCAAAGUUCGUCAACAGCUGACUGGGAAAAGGUAUUUGCUAGUCCUUGAUGAUCUGUGGAAUGAGGAUGCCGACCAAUGGGAGAAAUUAUUACAAAGUUCGUUGAUUGUUGGAGCUCAAGGGAGUAAAAUAUUAACAACUACACGUAAAAGGCAGGUAGCGGAUAUUGUGAAAGGAAGUAUUUCUCCGUACUUCUUAGAAAAAUUACAAGCAGAUGAAUGUUGGUCUAUUAUGGAGGGAAAAGCCUUUUCUCCUGGCGGAGCAUUGAAGACUCCGAACAUGAUUAGCAUUGGAAAAGAGAUAGCUGAUAAAUGUGGUGGUUUACCACUAGCAGCAAAAUUUCUCGGAAGCCUAAUGCACUCGAAAAAUAAAGAGCGCAAUUGGUUAUCUAUUAGAGAAAAUGAUAUGUGGAACACACCCGAAUGCAAAAUCAUACCGAUAUUAAAAUUGAGUUAUGAUAACUUAUCACCUCAUUUGCAGCGGUGUUUCUCUUAUUGCUCAAUCUUUCCCAAAGAUUGGGAGUUAAGCAAGCAAACUCUUAUUCAACUGUGGAUGGCCGAAGGAUUCCUGCAGCCUUCUAACGUGGGAACCAACUGCUCGUUUGAAGAUAUUGGAGACGAAUACUUUGAAAGCUUAAUGUGGAGUUCAUUUUUCGAUGGGGUAGAAAAGAACGAGUUAGAUGAUGUUACGACAUUCAAAAUGCAUGAUCUUGUCCAUGAUCUAGCCCAGGUUGUUGUAGGAGAUCAUGAGUGCUCGACUGUCAAGGGACCUGAUCAGUUGGAAAAACUUUCUGAAGUUCGCCGCUUAAACUUAAUAAUGGAUAAAGAAUUAUCUGCAACAUUUCAUAAAACCAUGAGCAAACUAAAGAAGUUGCGAACAGUUAUUGUUCUUGAACCAAAUUAUUAUUUGAACCUCUGUAGAUUCUCAAGUAAUAAUCACUUACGUAUCCUACAUUUGGGACGUCCGGCUAAAGACUGUUCGGGUAUGAGAUAUACGACUUCUAAGUUAAGGCGAUUAAGGUACUUCCACAUUUCCUCUAUGCAUCUAAAUAGUAAUCUAUUAGAUGAUUAUUCCUUCAGUAGGCUUUACAAUUUGCAGACGUUGGUAUUAAGUGGGUGUGCCCUUGUUCAAAAUCGUAUUAAAGAGAUGGGAUCUUUAAAUCACCUAAGGCACCUUGAUAUCUCGUUUUCAGAUAUCAAAGAAUUACCUGAUUCUGUUACUAGCCUCCGCAAUUUGCAAAGAUUAGAUCUCAAUCAUUGUAAAAACUUUACUACCUUUCCCGACUCUGUCAUUGGGUUAGAAUUUCUUCGAUUUCUUGAUAUGUCUUUUACACCUAUUGAAAAAAUACCUGAUUUUGUUACUAGCCUCCGCCAUUUACAAACAUUAGAUAUCAAUACGUGCAAAAUUUUAAAAACGUUACCGGAGUAUGUGGCAGGUCUUAACAAUUUGAGCAUUUUUAAUUUCAAAAACUGCCCAUUACUAGAAGUAUUACCAGAAGAUUUUGGAGAACUAUAUCAGUUGAGAUCACUUGAUCUGGAGGGUACCCAAAUCUUGCUCUAA